CCCAUACGCUGGUGAUGGGUGACCACUUCCAAUAGGAUAGGAGGGGUUUGUGGAAAGGUCUGUUUUAUUUGCUCUCACGCCUUUUUUUAUUCAUUCAUCGACGACAAUCACCUCAAAACGACAGCGCAUGUAUAUAAGUUCACACAGCAGAAGUCUAUUUGUAUGCAGUUGGAGAACUUCAGGAGAACCUUCUGGGCAUAGCUGUCAGCAGAGAACAUGAGGAAGAGCCGGAGUGUUCUGGCAGUGACACCAAUCGAUGACAGCAAGGACAUCUCCGGAUGUACAUCUUCAGGAGCUACACUGGGUGUGGAUCUCUGGCGCGGCCCCAGACGGCACUCAGGAACCCUUGUGUUGCCGCCGUUGUCAUGGAGACAGGCAGAGAGGGCCCGCAGUCCACAAGACGAUCACAUUUCCAGACCCACAACGCUGGGCUUUGUAACCCCGCCGCGUAUAGACAUCACCCCAGUACCUCCUGAUAGUUUGGAGGUGGAGAAUGGCCCCUCUAUGGGCUGCAGUCCAUUGGACCUGCAGGUGUCGCCGGGCUCCGGUCUGGCUCUACAUCCCAAUAUGGCCAGUCACGGUCAGAGGCGGGAGUCGUUCCUCUACCGCUCUGACAGCGAUUACGACCUCUCGCCCAAAUCCACCUCUCGCAACUCCUCCCUUGUGGGUGAACAGCUACAUAAUGAAGACCUCAUAGUUACUCCCUUUGCUCAGGUGCUUGCCAGUCUUCGCACUGUCAGGAAUAAUUUCACCAUUUUGACAAAUGUACAGUGUCCCCCAAGCAAAAGAUCACCAGUCAGCAGUCACCCCCCAAUGACAAGGGCCAACAUGUCAGAUGAAUCCUACCAGAAGAUGGCCGUGGAGACCAUGGAAGAGCUUGACUGGUGCCUGGACCAACUGGAGACCAUCCAGACGUACCGUUCUGUUAGCGACAUGGCCUCCAAUAAGUUCAAGAGGAUGUUGAACAGAGAACUGACACACCUGUCUGAGAUGAGCCGUUCUGGAAACCAGGUGUCCGAGUUCAUCUCAAACACUUUCUUAGAUAAACAAAAUGAACUGGAGAUCCCAUCGCCCACGACAAAAUCGAGAGACAGAAAGAGGAGGCAACAACAGCUCAUGAAUCAGAUCAGUGGAGUGAGGAAGGUCACGCAUGGCUCGGGUCUCUCCAGCAGCUGCACUGUGGGUCGAUUUGGAGUAAAAACAGAUCUUGAAGACAUGCUCUCAAAGGACCUGGAGGACAUCAACAAGUGGGGUUUAAACAUCUUCAAAGUAGCAGAACAUUCUCACCACCGCCCACUGACCUGCAUCAUGUAUGCCAUCUUUCAGGAGAGAGAUUUAAUGAAGACAUUCAAGAUCCCAGUGGACACCUUUGUGACGUACAUGAUGACCCUUGAAGACCACUACCACGCAGACGUGGCCUAUCACAACAGUCUCCAUGCGGCCGAUGUGGCCCAGUCUACACACAUCCUUCUGUCCACACCUGCGCUAGAUGCGGUCUUUACAGACCUUGAGAUUCUGGCGGCUAUCUUUGCAGCAGCUAUCCAUGAUGUGGACCACCCAGGGGUCUCCAACCAGUUCCUUAUUAAUACCAACUCAGAGCUGGCCCUCAUGUACAACGACGAGUCUGUUCUUGAAAACCAUCACUUAGCUGUUGGCUUCAAGCUCUUGCAGGGGGAAAACUGCGACAUCUUCCAGAACCUCACCAAGAAGCAGCGUCAGAGCCUCCGAAAAAUGGUCAUUGACAUGGUACUAGCAACAGACAUGUCUAAGCACAUGAGCUUACUGGCUGAUCUGAAGACGAUGGUUGAGACGAAGAAGGUAACCAGCUCGGGAGUAUUGCUACUUGACAACUUUACAGAUAGGAUACAGGUCUUACGCAAUAUGGUUCACUGUGCCGAUCUCAGCAAUCCAACCAAAUCCUUAGAUCUGUACCGUCAAUGGACAGACCGCAUUAUGGAAGAGUUCUUCCACCAAGGUGACAGGGAAAGAGAGCGAGGGAUGGAGAUCAGCCCCAUGUGUGACAAACAUACCGCUUCAGUAGCAAAGUCUCAGGUUGGUUUCAUCGACUACAUUGUGCACCCGUUGUGGGAGACAUGGGCCGACCUUGUGGAUCCAGAUGCACAGGAUAUCCUAGACACUUUAGAGGAGAACAGAAACUGGUACCACAGUAUGAUACCACAAAGUCCCUCCCCACCCUUUUAUGAGACAGGAACUGAUGGUGGAGACAAGUUUCAAUUUGAGCUGGACGUUGAAGAAGGAGUAAAGGAGGAUACUGAGAGACUCCUAGAGAAAGACUGCGUAGAGAUAUGCACACAUUCUCCAUCUACUGAGACGUAGCAAUGACUUCUUGUCGGCCAUUUUUGGUCAAGUGAAGAGAUAUAUUCAUCCUGAUUGAAAAUCCCACCGAGGAACACUGUGUCUUGGGACUCUGCCAUUGUUACAGAGCCCAAAAGAGGAAAGAACAUCCUCUGGAAACAAAGUUGGAAUUUGCAGGAAUCCAUUCAAGUUGGACAUUGGACAGUUGUGCCGAAAGUGCCCAUCUGAAUGUACAAGGAGUGCCAUAAGAUGGAAUGCCAUAAUCUGAAUGUUGGAUUGGGUUUCUGUGGAGAAAUACUGACUCUCUCAUAAGAGAGGUUUUUACUACAAUUUUAAAAUGACUUUGUGUACUUUUUUGUACUUUUGUGUAUUGUGACACGUACAACUACACUUUCAAACACGUCAAAUAAGACUUAUCAUGCUGAAAGGAAAAAGCGUGGACAUCCCAGGCGUGUUUUGGGAAUGCAGUCUUCCAACGUUUUGGACGAAUAAUAAUAACCUUUGUACUUUGCUACAAACAGUUUCACUUUUUAAAGCUAUUAUAAUUCUUCUUUUUGGCACAGCUAAUGUGCUGUUUUAUGUUGUUUUAAUUAAAUUGGAUCCAAAGAGUCCAGAGUUUUUGUGGUGACCACUAAACAAAUGUUCUGCGUAUAAUUCAAGUUAAGCUCCAUUGACAGUGAUAUAUAAACUCAAUUUUUCCUCAAAAAAAAAAAAAAAUGGUAAGGUAAUGUUUUUGGUAAGGUUUUUACAAUAGAAUUGUAUAGGGCAAGGCACAGAAGAAAUUAGGCAAACCUAAGGAAUUCCUUCUGUAUUGUUUUGACUGUAAAUUUACGGCCAUGACAAUGCUAUACAUGCUUUACUGUACCCACAACUUUAGCUUAUAAACAAACCUGAGUCGACUACCAAGUAAUGGGAAAAUAAUUUUCUACUAAUAUAGUCUAAAAAAAAAACUGUUGAUCAAGCUUCUACUGAAUUGCAUUUCUUUAAACCACUUUAAUAUGAGAUAAACACCCAAACACAUAAUAACAAUAUUUCAAAGAUUUAUAACUAGUUGUUGUUUCUUAUAAAUAUUAAAGAAUUACCACUUUUUGUUGCUUAAUGUUAUUUGGAUAAAGUCAUGUAAAACUGACAUCAUAAGAGCAAAUAAUUUCCCUAUAUAUUUGUCAUUCUUUCAUAUCCUAUUUUCUAGAAUUUAACCUUUUAAUUUUUACAGAACAUGGCCAGCAAUAAGCCUCAAUUACACAACCAUUGAUGUCAAACAAUGUGGUUCCUCAUGUUGUUUGUUCUUGCUGGUCAGGAACGGGAUGUGGUUCAUGUGUGUCACUCAGGCUGAGAUUAGCUUUAAAAUCUCAAUAAGCAUCUUUCUCUCUUUCGCAACAACAUGCACACUCUUUGCUUUUGGUUACCCUUUGUGUCAGUUUAUUUUAUUUCUCUCACCUUGAACUGAGGACUUUUAGUCUGAGAAUCCUGUUUACAAUUCACCGCACUUUGAUGGCUUUUAUUAUGUAAUUUGCCCCCAAUUCUAAUGAAUGGUUAUGAUAUGGAUUUACGACGUUGUCUUUUUUACUCAACUUAAUAUUGUUGAAUCGAUGAUGAACAUGCACACUGCACUGUUUUUCCUUAUUAUAUUUAUUACAAAUAAUUUUAGUAUUAAACUUAAUGUAAAGUGUUGUACAUUUCUUACCAAAAGAAGGAGAUUAAGCUUAAAAUAAAUGAAAAUAUUGCUUUCA